UUUAUUAACUGUCCAAGCAACUUAGCAAUUGUCACGCCGAUCCAUCAUAUUCAUCCAUCGCUAAUCGUAGUUCGUUACCUAUUUUGCGGUAUUCGUGAUAGUGAUUUACAGGCAUUGUGGGGAAUACCAAGUGAUUUCAUGCUAAUCGAUGGCUCUUUGAGGAUUUCCGUUGACUACUGAAGGCGGUCAGCGCGUUCCCGCUAUUUCUGGUGACUCAUCGAGACUUCAUAAACUCAUCACUAUGGACACGGACGAUGGUGAAUCUUCAAGCAGCGGGCCUAUGUCCAGCUUGAAUAGCUUAUUUUCUUUCACUAGUCCCGCUGUGAAAAAAUUGCUUGGGUGGAAACAGGGCGAUGAAGAAGAAAAAUGGGCAGAGAAAGCCGUUGAUAGUCUGGUUAAGAAGUUGAAAAAACGAAAAGGUGCUAUUGAAGAAUUGGAGCGUGCUUUGUCCUGUCCUGGAACCCCCUCAAAAUGUGUAACAAUUCCACGAUCAUUGGAUGGCAGAUUGCAGGUAUCCCACCGCAAAGGUCUCCCACACGUGAUUUACUGCCGAGUGUGGAGAUGGCCAGACCUACAGAGCCACCACGAGUUGAAACCCUUAGAAAUCUGCCAGUACCCCUUCAGUGCCAAACAGAAAGAGGUUUGCAUCAACCCAUACCACUACAAACGGGUCGAAAGUCCCGUACUGCCUCCAGUCUUAGUUCCUCGACAUUCUGAGUUCGCCCCAGGACACUCACUGUUACCUUUCCAAAGGACCACCGAACCGUCUAUGCCCCACAACGUGUCCUACUCGGGUUCAGGUUUCCCACCUUCGGCGUCAUCCGAAUUACCUGAUACACCUCCACCGGCUUACUCCCCACCGUCCGAUGACUCCGAACCGCCCGGGGAAGUCGCUCCGGUUUCCUACCAGGAGCCUCUCUAUUGGGCCUCAGUCGCCUACUACGAGCUGAACUGCAGGGUAGGAGAAGUAUUCCACUGCAACUCCCACUCGGUUGUGGUAGAUGGAUUCACUGAUCCGUCGAACAAUAGCGAUAGGUUCUGCCUCGGCCAACUCAGUAAUGUGAAUAGGAACUCGACUAUUGAAAACACGCGACGUCACAUAGGGAAAGGCGUUCAUUUGUACUACGUAGGCGGCGAGGUGUACGCGGAAUGUUUGUCGGACGCCGCGAUAUUUGUCCAAAGUCGGAACUGCAACCAUCAUCAUGGCUUCCACCCUUCCACAGUGUGUAAAAUCCCACCCGGCUGUUCGCUAAAGAUAUUUAACAAUCGUGAGUUCGCGCAAUUGCUCUCGCAGAGUGUUAAUCACGGUUUCGAAGCGGUGUACGAGCUGACGAAGAUGUGUACUAUCCGUAUGUCGUUCGUGAAGGGCUGGGGGGCGGAGUAUCAUAGGCAGGACGUGACUUCCACCCCCUGUUGGAUCGAGAUCCACCUCCACGGGCCACUCCAGUGGUUGGACAAAGUUCUCACUCAAAUGGGCUCCCCUCACAACGCGAUAUCGUCCGUGUCUUAGCCGGAUUAUAAUCUCACAAAUUAUCUGCAUUUUUUUUUAUCGUGCCAUUUUCAAAAUUCCCAAAUCGUGAUGUCUCACUGUGUGGACGUCCUAAAUGUUAGACGUAUAUCAUAUUUUUUAUAAAUCGUAGCUCAAAUUACAUGUCCAAGCUUAAGUAUCUAACGUAUAUGUAUUAAUGUAAAGACAUACUAUAGUAAUGUUUAUACUCGGGAAUGUAUGACAAGAGAAGAUAUUAUUUGUGUAAAUAAAAUGUUCGCGAAUUUUUUUUUUAAAUAGUUCGUAUUUUAUUUUUAGUGCUGACAGGGUUACUAAAAAGAUAGGUGCUAUCAGCAAGUUGACCAAGUAAUUUAAAAUGCGCUCCGUAAACUCAAAAUAAAAAAAAAUACAGCCUGCUUCGGUCUUCUUUAGUCCGUUGAUACUGUAUUAGAAAAAAACAGGGCUUACAUUUGAUUUUAUAAGAAGUCUACUAAUCAAGUCUAAUGACAGAAAACCUAAAGUAGUUCCAAUAAUACAAAGGUUCCUCAAAAUCCGCAUAAACAUAUACUAUAAUAUAUGCUGAUAGUACAUAAGGAACAAAGAUAUACAUUUUAUCUGACACUGUAGGCUUAUAUGUUAUUUUGAGCACAAUAUUACACUUUAAGUCAUUGUAUGAGCCAAUUCGGCUAAAAACGUGGCUCCCUUUAUCGGCUAAAGAAUUGUGAUUUGUUAUUUUUAAUUUGUAAAUAAUUUGGAUUUUGAAAUUAUGUUGGGGCCACGCAAAUUAUUUGUAAGUUUAAUGUUAGUUAACUAUAAAUAGCUUAGGAGCCGUUCAAGUAUGUAUAACGAAAGCACUAUAUGGGGGGCGGGGGGAGGAGAUUUUAUUUUUUUAUUUGGUGAUACUAUCAAAAUUAAUUAUUUUUAAUACUUUUUUACACAUUUAUAUAUUUAUAUCUAGUAUUUUCGAGGAUUCCUACACAGAAAUAAUACGUAUUAUUUUUGCUUACGUUUACUGACAAGAAUGGGGGGGGGGGGAAAUUGCAGUAAAUCUACUGACGCAAUACUUGAACGGCCCCUUACCACAGACAUGGCGAAAUAUCGUGUUUUAAUAAGUUCCAAUAAUGUAAUACCCCCUUGUAAUACAGGACUACCAUGUUUGUCUAGUGGACUGUAAAAGUCAAUAAUACUGUCAUUCGUUUCUAUUUCGUGGCCAACACUCUCUUCUGUUGCUCAUUUCUGAGUGUCGGGAUAAGGCCUCUCUUUUUACAGUAUACAGUUUUGUAUCAAUGUAUCUUUCACUUUAUCGGUUCAUCUGGUUGGUGAACUGCCUCGCGAUCUUUUUUCUACAUGAACAGUUUAACCAAGUUUUCCUUAUCAGCGCAGUAUUAUUGGCUUUUAGAUUUAAAGUAGGCCAACGUUAUAAGGAUAUAACAUCUUGCUAGGUUCUAGUAUUAUUCAAAGAAGCAAUGUCAAUAAAACAUGACGUUUGUCUUGUAGUCCAAAGACAAAUACCUAUGUGGUAUACGGCAGUCACGCAUUUUAUAAGAGUUAAACUAUGUUCUUAAAAUGUCUGCUAAUUUAAAAGAUCCAAGAUAAAUCUUGAAUUUAGCCGAAACUUAAUUUGUUGCCCAAUAUUUGCGGAAAUCGUAGAAUUUCUAUUUAUGUAAAAAUUAUAUUCUGAAGUACCUAUUUUAUGAAUAUAUGGGUAAAAAGGGAAAUGAACCAAAGUGGACUAAUUUCGACGUUUUGGCGGAGUUUGGGGAAACAUUUAGAAUUUUACUUUGUAUUUUAAUUUAAAGAAACUGUAAUAAAGUUUUUAAAUAGCUCAAAUCAAAUUUUCUCAAAAGACGACUAUGGGCGACAUUUAAUACAGAGCUCAAAAAUUGCUAGGGACUCGUAUAUUGCAUAUUAAACUUCGUCUUAAUUAAUUUAAAAGGAAUUUUAAAAACUUUAUUUUUUGUAUAACAACAUAUUUUAUUAUGGCUAAAACCAUUAACAUUAUUACUAACAUAAAUUGAGGGUACAUGAAAAAUUACCAACGUGUAGGAAAUGUGCGUAUUCCUAGUCCAUUUUUGGACUUUCAUAUUUUACAAAUAAAUUGGUGCAUUCGGCCAAAUCGGGACGGCCAACUAAAGAUUUUAUUGAUCUCAAUGUAAUAUAUAAGGUUUCUUUAGUUCCUACUAAAGAUUCUGGCCCGUCCCAAACCAAGAAUUAACUACACAAUUGUGACAUACAGUGCCUUUACUUGGGAAGUUGCGUUUGUCUCCUUUUGUCGUAUUAUGAGGGAAAUAGUUACAAUAUGCUCUUUGCAGAAGUUGAAUCUGCUUAAGGUAUUGCUUAUAAGACCGCCAAUAAUAUAUUAACAAUCACUAAAUCAUAUGCAUAUACAAUAUAAACUGUAUACCGUCCGAUAUGCCUGUUUGAAUUGCGUUAUAGCCUAUUCCAAUCAUUAUUUUAGUAAAUAUCUGCAUAUUACAAGUUCCAAAAGGGAGGGUAGUUUAGUAUAACCGUGUACCAUGUGUACGAGUGUUACCUAAUUAAAAAGCUUUUAACUUAUCCAAAUCUUGUGUGGGCCUCAAAUAAUGAGACACAAUAUUUAUGUCGCAGUAAAGUAGUUAAAUUAGAGAGAUAAUAUUUAGGAAAGUCGUGUUAACGUUUCGUUCAAUCACUUGUCUGGUGAAACUUUAGCGGCUUGAUUGAAUGUCGAUCUUUAAUUUACUGUCUAGAAAUUUAAUUAACUCUUUGAUUUAACUGUUUUAUUGUUAUGUUUAAGAUCUUAUAAUAAUUUAUAGACGUCGUUUGUUGUCGCGUUUUAACAUGCACAACGCCAUCUGUUGUUUAAUAAAUGAAAUUAUGAUUUUAGACAAUUAUGUAUUAUGACAUUAUUAUUUCACGCUGGUUAAAGACAAAUUGUAGAUAAAGUAUGUUAAAGUAAAUAAUUGGGAUGGGCUGCAACCUAAAUCAUUUCAAUAAUACAAUAACCUAUUGUAAAGUUGUGAAGAUUUUAAUAUGUGCCUUGUGCCAGUCUUAUAAAUUCACCGUCACAUUUAGUGCCUACAAACUGAUAGAAUGCCUUAUAAAUUGUAUAAAUUGUUUUAUAAAUUAAAUGAGUUACAUGGAGAAAACACAGAAAUAUGUAAAAUGAAAAUUUUGAUUAUAAAAAGUUUAUUUAUUAGAAUUUUUAAAUACCAUGCUAUCUAGGCUUACCUGACAACGGUAGCUACGCCACUGUAUAUUUUUUCAAGUUAUGGAAAUAAAUUCAAAAUGAUAGAUUCUUUUGCAUUUUUACUGUAAUCUUUGUUUUUUUCGUGGACUUUUUACUAUCGAAUUGUGUUAUCUUAAAUGACAGCUGUACUCUGAGUCAUUUAUAUUAAUGGUUUUUAUCUACUUUAUAGUAAUGGACAAGAACUUUUUCAAUCAUUAAUAACUUGGAACCAUAAAUUCGUAAUUCACGACUUAGAGUACGGCAUAGAUGUAUUUUAUUUUUCAAUGAAUACUGUUUCCUCAAAAUUAUGUUGGUGCUUCUGAAUUGUUUAUUGUAUUUACGUAUUGUAAAUAAAAUGUGAUUUUAAAAUAUAAAUUGUACCGAAAUUUUGUUUUAUAAGUUUAGUUAGGGGUUAAAUUUUAAACCUUACGGAUAAAAUGCUCAGUGAUUGUCGGUAAAUUUUAAGCCGCUUUUAAAUGCGGCGGUGUGUAACUCCCAAUAACGAUUGCAAGUAAAAUUGAGUCUACCAGGCGGUCUCAAGUAUCAUUAGCGCUACAGAUAUUUAAAUAACUAUGGAAAUUGGGUAUAGAAACUCUAUAUACGUCUUCGAUCGCUAUUGGAAAUUACUAAACAUAGAUGGUGUUAUUAUAAAUAUAAUGUACAGUGAUAAAAUAGGUGUACAAUUUGGCUGGAUGUAUUGUUUGGACUCGUGUGGGAAUAGAAUCUUUUGUGUGAUUUUACUUUGUCUAGCUACAAAUGUUUGACACAAUCAGACAGGGUUAGUGUUACGCAUUUUUAAGGAUAAUAUAAAGAAUAAAAAGAUGCCAUUGUUCGUGUAACUUUUAUCAUAUUUUUCUCCGUAUAAUAAAGUUUCCUUUAUUUACA